AUGUUUCGGAUAACACCUCAACUCUCUGAAAAAGUUCAACAUUUUGCGCGGUUUCCACAAACUGGCGUCUCACUCCGACAAAUGGUUCUCUUUGGUCAAAAACCUUCAAAGGGCACACUCUUCAAAGCUAGUCAAUUUUUGCAUGAAGAGCUACCUAUUCGACUGGCACAUCGAGUAAAAGAACUAGAAGAAUUACCAAAGGGAUUGGAUAAAAUGCCAUCAAUUGUAAAGGUCAAGGAUUGGUACGCCGAAUCUUUCCAGCAAUUACUAGAUCUUCCGUCGCCAAAACUCAGUGAUUCUAUGCGCGAUCGUAUAAAAGAGGCUUCAAAAAAUAAGGAGGGAUUUAUAUUGCCUCCAAAUGUGCACAAUCCGUCUAUAAAACUACCCAAGAACUCCUCUAGUCUUCAUCCCCAUGUACCUAUUGGACAUAGAUAUUACAACAAUAUUGAUGAAGUAGAUUGUUCACCGGAGAUGGUGGAUUAUACUGCUAAUUUUGUAAAGACAAUCGAGUGCAUCAAACGGAGGCAUGAUCCAGUAGUAACUACAAUGGCUCGUGGAAUCCUCGAAUACAAGCAACACACGCAUGCAAACCUUAUUGGUACUGAAGUCCAGGAUUUCCUGGAUCGUUUUUACAUGUCACGUAUCGGUAUUCGUAUGUUGAUUGGCCAACAUUCAGCAUUGUACCAUGGUCGAUUUAGACGAAAAGACUACGUGGGAGUGAUUUGUAUAAAGACAAAUAUCCAUGAGAUUGCAGCCGAUGCGAUCGCCAAUGCACGCUUUGUGUGUGAAGAUUAUUAUGGGAUGUUCAAGGCACCCCCAAUCCAGAUGAUUUGCCCGGGUGACAUAGAGUUUACUUAUGUGCCUUCCCACCUCAAUCAUAUCCUAUUUGAACUUUUGAAAAACUCUCUUCGUGCUGUUGUAGAACGAUAUGGCGAAGAUUAUGAGGACGAAUACCCACCAAUAAAGCUUAUAAUUGCCCAUGGAAAAGAAGAUAUAACCAUCAAGAUAUCUGACGAAGGUGGAGGAAUCAGUCGUUCUGCGAUUCCUCUUGUCUGGACAUACAUGUAUACUACAGCGCAGGCGCAAAGUAUCAAACCAGAAGAUGAUGAUGCCGAAUUCAAAGCACCAAUGGCUGGUUUUGGCUAUGGCUUACCUAUCUCAAGACUGUAUGCGCAGUAUUUUGGUGGUGAUCUAAAGCUGGUAUCCAUGGAAGGGUAUGGAACCGAUGUAUACCUUCACCUCAAUAGACUCUCAAACAGCCACGAACCUUUACCAUAA